CCAACGGCGCCCCUCGUCCUGCUCAGGGUGCUGCGUGCCUAAAUGGCAACGCUUGUCAAUGACGUGUUGCGCAUGAUCUGAGUGUUGAAAAUCAGAAGGGAGACCUGGAGCUGCACGGUGUUAUCACAACCCACAAAACGCUUCGAAAUGAGUGAAAAUCUUACCUCUUGGAGAACUGACGUGCGAGCUCUAUUCUGCAAUGAAAGGAGACAUUGAGCUUUCGCGUGAGAAUUCACUACAUAAAAAUAACUGUAUGCGUUAAAAAAAAAGAGGGGGGAAAAAAGAAGCCAAAUCGUGUCUCGUGUGACAGUCAGAGCAGAGGCUGCACGGCAGAUGAUUGACGGCGGAGUUUGUGGCGUUUCUGCGGGCGGUCGGGGCUCUGAUUGGCUGACUCCGUGCCCAGACAUCGACGCCUCCGUCGGAUUGGCUGCGCGCGCUCGCCAGCUGUACUUCAAAGAAUCACGCUCCCUACAACUAGGUAGUUGUUGGUGAGCUGCGAGCCAAGAGAGAAACCGUGUGACCCAAAGUCAAACACGGCGAGUCAGGAUCCAAUUGGAGCCGUACAGCACUGACAUCGCGAGCACACUCAUCCCAGCACAGACCCUGGAUAUGGCAACGUCUAUACUUGGGGAAGAGCCACGGUUUGGAACUACACCUCUAGCUAUGCUGGCGGCCACUUGCAACAAAAUUGGCAACACCAGUCCCCUCACCACUUUACCUGACUCGAGCGCUUUCUCAAAAGGUGGAUUUCAUCCGUGGAAAAGAUCCUCCUCGAGCUGCAACUUGGGAUCCAGUCUGCCCGGGUUCACGGUAGCGACUAGCCGCGCGUCGACAGGACUAACGCCGACCAGUGGCACGGGCAACAGCGCCUUUUGCUUAGCCUCCACGUCCCCGACCUCGUCGGCGUUUUCCACAGAGUACAGCGGUCUGUUCUCCAACUCUGCGGGGGUCGCGUCCCAAGAGUCCGGACAGUCGGCUUUUAUAUCCAAAGUCCACACGUCGGCGGAGACUCUUUACCCCCGGGUGGGGAUGGCGCACCCGUACGAAUCGUGGUACAAGUCCGGUUUCCACUCGACCAUCUCCGGCGACGUCGCCAACGGCGCGUCCUCGUGGUGGGACGUCCACACCAACCCCGGGUCGUGGCUCGAUGUCCAGAAUUCCGCAAGCACCCUCCAGACCUCACUGCACACCGGCACGCCUCAAGCCAUCCACUCCCAGCUGAGUGGCUACAACCCGGACUUCUCCUCGCUGACGCACUCGGCCUUUAGCUCCACUGGAAUCAACCCCAGCGCGUCCCACCUGCUGUCCACCGGUCAGCACCUGUUAACGCAGGACGGGUUCAAAACGGUCAUCCCCGCGUACACAGACGCUUCUGCCGCCAACGCCAUGAUUUCUGGGGGCAGUUCAGGAAUAAGUAGCUCCUCGAGGUCAUCCCGGCGGUACUCCGGCAGGGCGACGUGCGACUGUCCGAACUGCCAGGAGGCCGAGCGACUGGGACCUGCCGGCGCCAGCCUGCGCAGGAAGGGACUCCACAGCUGCCACAUUCCCGGCUGCGGUAAAGUGUACGGAAAGACAUCUCACCUCAAAGCGCACCUGAGAUGGCACACUGGCGAGCGGCCUUUUGUCUGCAACUGGCUUUUCUGUGGCAAAAGGUUCACUCGGUCCGAUGAGCUCCAGAGACACCUGCGCACCCACACCGGCGAGAAAAGGUUUGCAUGCCCGGUAUGUAACAAGCGCUUUAUGCGGAGUGACCAUUUGAGCAAGCACAUCAAAACGCACACGGCCGGUGGAGGAGGCAAAAGGGGCAGCGACAGUGACACCGACACCAGUAACCUGGAGACCCCGAGGUCCGAGUCGCCAGAACUUAUUUUGGAGGGGGUUAAUCCCAGAAUCACUGUUAAGGAUCCGUCUCCUCAAGACGAGCCCUAAUGAGGUUUCCACCCCGCCACAAAAAAAAAAAAAAAAAAAAAUCAAACCAGAUUCAAAAACUGCACAGCGUUGAAAACGGGUCUAAUUUGACGAGACAAUAAAGGGAGAAAAUAUUUCAAGAAGCGAUUUGCAAAGUCUUAAAAAAUAUGUUCUCCACAGGCGUAACGAGUAUUUCAUUCGUAAAUCCAUCUAAAGAAAACACAGGCAACUUCAAAAAUGAAAUGGAUGUUUGAGGUGGCGCGAAACCUGUUGAACUUUGGUUGGACAAUGUGAGCUACAUCUUGUAUAUUGACGACUAAACUAUGUGUUAUUUUCAUGUAAAUGUUAGGCUAUGAUUGUUUUAUUCGUGUUGGUAUCCUGGAAAUCAGGGAGUUUACUUUCGACGCACUUUGUGGAUAUGUAUGUAUACAGCUUUUUCAACUUUGGUUAACCAUUUUAUUUCUUUGCUAAAAAAAUCUAUAUAUAAAUGUUUACCUGUAUAAAGUCACACGUAUAACACUUUCAUUUUAUCGUAAUUAAAACAUCUUUAAAAAAGGCUGAAAUUGUGUGAUGGAGAUUUUAUAUAUACAUUUUUUUGGUUUAAUUAUUUAUGUGAGGUUUAAAUUUCAAAAAUAGUUCAAUUUAAUUGAGAAAAAAAUGGAGUUCUGCUCUUAGGCUAUUUUUCUUAAAAACACCAAUAAUACCUUCACUUUCACUAUUUCCCCUAUGGAAUAAAUCAAUGUGUAAUGCCCCGGCAAAAAACAUUUCAUGCCCAAAUGACAAUCUUGUUAAAUGGUAUUAAUUAUGACUUGGAGCACAUGGCAGCCCCAUGUGUCUUGUAUUUGCGAUUAGGGAUUCGUGUCUUAUCAAAUAUCUAAUUAAUCUCCGAGACAUCUUUUGUUCAGUUUCACUUUAUCGGGAGGUUUCCAGGGGGGUUUGACGACAAAGGGCCCCCUGAAUAUUUAUUCUAAUUGUCCAAAUUAACUGCUCUCAUUUGCAUAGCAAUCGAUGGACCGAGAAUAGGGGAUACGGCGUCGUUCUCUUGGCCAGAAGCCACGGAGAUGUUAUGGGAACAGUUUUUUAAACUUGAGAAAACGAAAGAGGGCAAAGAGUCACAUGCAAAUGCCUGAAUGCGAAAUGCUCUUUGCUCGGCGCAGUCAAACGGUGCCUGCGCGUUAUUUGAAUAUCAGUGGCCCCGUGUUGAAAGGGUUCAAGGAUGCUCUCUGACUUCUUUGUGCUUACCCACUGCAGCGUCCGACUCUCACA